AUGUACUUCGACGACGGGUUGCUGAAUCUCAUGAGCUCCACGUUGUUCGCGCGCUUUUUUCUUCGCCUCCCGCGUAGAUCGGCGCGGACCUCGCUGUAUCUCCACUCGCAAUCGGCAGCGAUGGUGCUUCGGAACAUAACGUGCGGGUCGGCGAUGCUGGUCAACACGCAGGGUGUUAUUUCGGUGAAGCAACUCACCCUGUUGCCGGGGUCGCUUUUUAAUAUGACCACGCUGACGUCGAAUAUCGUGCUGGAGGCGCCGUCGAUCGCGAAUGGAACGGUGCUGGGCGCGACGGGGAGCGGGGACAUCACGCUGAAGAUCGAUAGCGCGCGGUUCGCGGGGCGAAUCAGCCUGUAUGCGCGAUAUGGAUCGAUUCUUUUGAAAGGGUCACAGGCGAACGUGGUGUCGAACAAGGGAGGAACGGCAUUCUUCGUGUGUUUGAAGUGCAAUGCGAGCACGGGGAUCAUUCAUCUGUACUCGAAUUCUGGCAAUAUCAUCGCGUAUUUGUAACACCUAUUAUUAUUAUUAUUAUUAUUGUCAUUUUUAUACUCUCUAAUCAUUGUCGUUCUUGUUC